UCUCCAAACAUGUUUAAUCUAGGCGUCCAGGUCAUCAAUGGCCAAAAGACCUUUAUACCACUAGAGAACAAUCCAGAGGUCCACACGCAUCUAUGUAAGAACCUCGGAGUAUCCCCGAGCCUCACAUUCCAUGAUAUCCUCUCCACUACCCCAGAAAUGCUCUCCUGGAUCCCACGACCUGUAAACGCCCUCAUCCUCCUCUGCGACAAACCCAUCUACCUCGCCGCCCGGUCUCGUGUCGAACACAGUAUACCCGAGUAUCUCGGCAGCGGGGCCGACGAGCCCGUGCUGUGGAUGAAGCAGACGAUCGGACAUGCGUGUGGGCUGAUGGCAUUACUGCAUGUGGUGACCAAUUUGGAGAAUGGGAAAUAUGUCCUGGCGGGAUCAGAGCUGGAGAAGAUUGUGAAGCGGGCGGUUGGGCUGGGGCCGGUGGAGAGGGCGCGGCUCUUGUAUGAUUCGAGGUUUCUGGAAGAGGCGCAUAUGGAUGCGGCGUCGGAGGGGUCCUCGAUUGUACCUUUGCCACAGGAGGAAUGUGGGUUUCAUUUUAUUGCGUUUGUUAAGAAAGAUGGGAAGGUCUGGGAAUUGAAUGGAGGUAUGAAUGGUCCAUUAUUGCGAGGUGAAUUGGAGGGGGACUUGUUGGGAGAGGAAGGGCUGGAUAUGACGAAAAAUGCUUCUUUCAAGAUCCUCGCCGUGACCCGCGACAUCAAUUCCGCCUCGGCGAAGAAACUCGCCCAGAAGUCUUCCAGUAUCACAUUGAUCCAAGGCAACCUCGACGACCCAGCGGCCAUCUUCAAGAAUGCAAAGCGAGUUUGGGGUGUGUUCAGUGUCCAAACCACCAAUCCUAAAAACGACGAUGAGAGACGCCAGGGAAUCGCUCUGAUAGACGAGUCUAUCAAACAAGGCGUCAAGCACUUCGUAUACAGCUCUGUCGACCGCGGUGGCGAGAAGUCAGACCGAAACCCAACCGCCAUCCCGCAUUUCAUUUUCAAACAUGAGAUCGAGAAGCAUCUCAUAGAGAAAACAAAAGGGACCGAUAUGCAAUGGACGAUUCUCCGUCCCGCUGCCUUCUUCGAGAACUUCACGCCGGAUUACUUCGGGAAGGUGUUUACAACUGCAUGGCAGAUGACACUGAAGGGCAAGCCUCUUCAACUGAUAGCGACGAGUGACAUUGGAUUCUUUGCUGCCGCGGCAUUUAUGGAUCCCGAGGAGUCAAAGAAUCACGCCUUCUCGCUUGCUGGGGACGAAUUGACGUUUCAACAGAUGUCGGAUAUUUUCAAGGAUUUGACUGGCAAGGAUGUGCCGACCACUUUUAGGAUUCCGGUUUGGUUGAUGAUGGCUGCCGUCAAGGAUUUGGGUGUCAUGUUCAAAUGGUUUCGGGAUGAGGGAUAUGGUGCAGAUAUUCCGGCCUUGAAAAAGUCGAAUCCCAGCUUGAAGACAUUUGGGGAUUGGUUGAAGGAGGAUAGCCAAUUCGAGACACGAUAG